UGGUUAUAAAUAGAAUUUGGGCAGAAACUUUGUCCGACCAAACAUGGCGGAAGGCGAAGGAGAAAGAAACUCUCCUGUCCGUAAACUCAUCGCCAUGUCUCUCCCGAACACUCCGCUUCAUCUCUCUCUCUCCUCUUACAUUUCCCCCUCUCCUUUUCUCUUUCCUCUUCUUCCAUUCUCUCUCUGUUUCGAUCUUUCCCUGUUCAAACUAUGGAUAAACACAACGUUGUCGCCGAUGACAACGACGACGCCGUAAUAUCCGGCGUUCCUCCGCCGCGUAAGAUCCAUUCCUACAGCCACCAGCCCCGUGCCUCCUCCGGCAAAAAGGGUCACCACCGUUACCGCCGAGGCAGCCUCGAUGACAUCCCUAAGAUCGAGAUCCACUCCGGGACCGGUGACAUCGCUGGCGAAGACUCCGAUGACGAGUUUUACCCUUACGCCGCCUCCAAUUGGACGUCUGUCACCGCCUCCGGUGACAGCGGCGACGCCGACGACUACGUUGUCAUCCCUCAGCCGGAGAUCAGCGACGAUUUUCAGCCGUUGCCGGAGUUUAUUGGCUCCGGAGGCGGAGUGGGCAUGUUCAAGGUGCCGCUCCGGUCGGCGGUGCACUCGGCUCGGCCGCCUUGUCUCGAGCUCCGGCCGCAUCCGUUGCGGGAGACGCAGGUCGGGAGGUUCCUAAGGAACAUUGCGUGCACGGGGACGCAAUUGUGGGCAGGGCAAGAGAGCGGCGUGAGAUUCUGGAACUUCGAGGACGCGUUCGCGCCGGGGUGUGGGCUCAACGGCCGGGUCAGGAGGGGGGACGAGGACGCCGCUCCGUUUCACGAGUCGACCAACACUUCUCCCACAACGUGUUUGAUGGUCGACAACGGGAAUAGGCUCGUCUGGAGUGGCCACAAGGACGGGAAGAUCCGGUCGUGGAGGACGGAUCUUGUCGCUGAUGAUAAGAGCCCUUUCAAGGAAGGCCUCUCAUGGCAAGCUCACAAGGGUCCCGUCAAUUCCAUCAUCAUGAGUUUUUACGGUGAUAUGUGGUCAUGUUCAGAAGGUGGUGUAAUCAAGAUAUGGAGAUGGGAAUCAAUGGAGAAAUCCCUUUCGCUUAGGUCAGAGGAGAAGCAUAUGGCGGCAUUGUUGGUGGAGAGGUCAGGCAUCGAUCUGAGGGCUCAAGUGACUGUGAACGGCACUUGCAGCAUAUCUUCCUCUGAAGUCAAAUGCUUGUUAGCGGAUAACGUAAGAGCUAAAGUCUGGGCAGCUCAGCCUCAGUCAUUUUCAUUAUGGGAUGCUAGAACAAAGGAGCUACUGAGAGUGUUCAACAUCGAGGGUCAGAAUGAAAACCGGGUCGAAAUGCCAUCCGGGCAAGAUCAGCCAGCAGCAGAAGACGAGAUGAAGGUGAAGUUUGUUUCCUCGUCUAAAAAGGAGAAACCGCAUGGAUUCUUGCAACGGUCGAGAAACGCUAUAAUGGGAGCAGCGGACGCUGUUCGUCGGGUUGCAACGAGAGGAGCAGGUGCAUUUGCCGAGGACAACAAAAAGACGGAAGCAGUAGUGUCAACCGGUGAUGGAAUGAUAUGGACUGGAUGCACAAACGGAUUGAUCAUACAAUGGGACGGAAACGGAAGCCGAGUGCAGGAUUUCCGCCACCACCAAUGCGCCGUUCUGUGUUUCUGCACUUUCGGCGAGAGAGUGUAUGUGGGUUACGUUAGUGGUCACAUCCAAAUAAUCGAUCUCGAAGGCAAUCUAGUGGCAGGAUGGGUUGCCCACAACAACGCCGUGAUAAAGAUGGCGGCUGCUGAUGGUUACGUAUUCAGCUUAGCCACUCACGGAGGUAUACGAGGGUGGCACGUGAUUUCUCCCGGGCCUCUGGAUGGAAUAAUACGGUUGGAACUGGCCGAAAAAGAGCGGAUAUACGCGCAAACAGACAAUGUUAGGGUCCUGAUCGGUUCAUGGAAUGUCGGACAGGGAAGAGCAUCCCAUGAUUCACUCAUGUCUUGGUUGGGUUCUGUAUCAUCAGAUGUCGGAAUUCUCGUUGUCGGGUUACAAGAAGUGGAAAUGGGUGCCGGUUUCCUGGCUAUGUCAGCAGCUAAAGAAACGGUAGGAGGAAAUGAAGGGAGUUCGGUAGGGCAGUGGUGGAUAGACACGAUAGGGAAGGCCUUGGACGAGAAGACGGUUUUUGAACGUAUGGGUUCGAGGCAGUUAGCCGGCCUGCUUAUAUCUCUUUGGGUGAGGAAGAAUCUGAGAACCCAUGCCGGAGAUAUUGAUGUUGCAGCAGUCCCUUGCGGGUUUGGCCGUGCAAUCGGAAAUAAGGGAGGUGUGGGUUUGAGGAUAAGGGUGUUUGAUCGGAUAAUGUGCUUCAUUAACUGUCACUUGGCCGCGCAUUUGGAAGCCGUCAACCGACGGAAUGCUGAUUUCGACCACAUUUACAAGACGAUGUCUUUUUCCCGGCCAUCAAACACGAACAAUGCACCGGCCGCCGGUGUGUCUACCGGGUCUCACACAACGAAGAGCUCGAACAAUGCAAACGUCAAUGCGGAAGAGACGAAGCAGGAUUUAGCAGAGGCGGACAUGGUCAUAUUCUUCGGAGAUUUUAACUACCGGCUCUUUGGAAUAUCGUACGACGAAGCAAGGGACUUUGUCUCGCAGAGAAGCUUCGAUUGGCUUAGAGAAAAAGAUCAGCUCAGAGCCGAGAUGAAGGCCGGCAAAGUUUUCCAAGGAAUGCGUGAGGCUAUCAUCACUUUCCCUCCGACUUACAAGUUCGAAAGGCAUAAAUCCGGCUUAGGAGGAUAUGAUUCCGGGGAGAAGAAGCGGAUUCCCGCAUGGUGUGACAGAGUAAUAUACAGAGACACUCGUAGCGGUCCGGAUUCCGAGUGCAGUCUAGACUGCCCUGUAGUUGCCUCAGUCAUGCUAUACGAGGCCUGCAUGGACGUAACAGAGAGUGAUCACAAACCGGUACGUUGCAAGUUCCACGUGAAGAUAGAGCAUGUCGAUAGGUCAGUCCGGAGACAGGAGUUUGGUAGGAUCAUUCAGACAAACGAGAAGGUCAGGGCGAUGUUGGAUGAACUGCGUUGCGUCCCCGAGAUCGUUCUCAGCAGCGACAACAUCGUUCUACAGAACCAGGACACUUACGUUCUACGCAUCACUAACAAGUCCGCCAAAGAAAAAGCCGUUUUCAGGAUCUUGUGUGAGGGGCAGACCACUGUCCGAGAGGACGAAGAUGUGGCAGCAGCAGCAGCCGAGUAUCAUCCACGAGGCUCCUUUGGUUUUCCGCAAUGGCUCGAGGUGACACCGGCGGCAGGGACGAUAAAACCAGAUGGUUUCGUGGAGGUGUCGGUUCACCACGAGGAGUUUCACACGUUGGAAGAGUUGGUGGACGGGAUACCUCAGAACUGGUGGUGCGAGGACACGAGAGAUAAAGAGGCGGCUCUCGUGGUCAACGUUCAAGGCGGCUGCUCCACCGAGACUGUGAGCCACUGUGUCCACGUCCGCCACUGCUUCUCGGCCAAGACGUUGAGGAUCGAGCCCAAGCCCCAGAGUCUGAAGAAGAACCAAGGCGGCUCGUCAUCUGAGUCGCAGAGCGGGAAGAAGAGCCAAGGAGGGUCGCAUCGUCAGAGGCCGGAGAACAGUUCCAACUCGGACGAGAGCCGACAUGGACCGGGCAGCAAACGUUGACGUUUAGAAACAGAACACAGUCUUUUGAGAAAAAUGUUGGCAAGUACGAGCCCUCUUAAUUGUAGAUUAAAUUAGACAUCCUCCUCACAUGUUUGUAUUUUACAUUUCAGACACAAACUUCCCACAGUUGUGGAGUUCAAAUCUAAUUUCAUUAUUUUUUUCCAUA